AUAAAAGUGGCAUAUUUAGUCAAACAUUAUUAAAAGAUGAGGUCUCAAAAUUCUACUUAUAUAACAAAAUUUCCAUCCAUAGCAGUUGUAAGACAAGAUUUAUCACUCCGGCGGCGGCUAACUCUACCACCAAUUCCCAUUGCAGCAACCAUGAGCAAAGACGACGACGAUGACGGAUUCAAAUUUGGCACCGCCAUUAAGAUCAUGCUUGUGGUGAUGUGUUCCUUAAUUGGCAUUAUAACAAUCAUCAUCAUAUUCCAUAUUUUCUGCAGAUAUCUCCACAGACGCCGAGAAAGAAGGCGCCGGAAUGCUCUCUUCCCGUUAAGUAUAACCACGGUUGUCCCGUCCGACGUGAACAUGGGUGAAUCACCCAAAACCGGGCUUGAUCAAUCGGUCAUAGAGUCCUUACCCAAAUUCAGUUAUAAAGCAAGUGAGGGGCUUGAUCAUGUUGAGGCCAUAGAGUGCUCGGUGUGUUUAAGCACUAUAGUGGAGAAAGCCACAGUUAGGCUUCUACCAAAUUGUAAGCAUUUAUUCCAUGCAGAUUGUAUUGGCAUGUGGUUGAGCUCACACACGACAUGUCCCAAUUGUCGCACCCUGGCUGAGCCUAGGGUCCAGCCCACGGCUCCACCACUACUGCUAGAGGGAAGUGCACCCGAGCUUGGUACUGGUUCAGAAUCGGAGAAGGUGGGUGGAUCAAGCUCGCGAUUAAGCUCGUUUCGGAGGAUAUUGCUCAGCAGGGAGAGAUCAUCAAGGAGGGUUCAAAGUUGUGGAGAAGAAGUUUUUGCUGAAGGUCUGGAGAGGUAGUAGUGACUCUUAUUUGGUAAUUAUAUAUAUAUGUGUGUGUGCGCGAGCUCAUAAAUUAAUUUCGCUAUUAAUUAAACAGUAUGAGAUAUUUAAUAAUGUUUGAUUUGUAAAGAAUUGUGGGGAUUUAUAGCAUAUUGUAUUAUGGCGUUUCAUGUAAAAUUUGAAGAGGAUGGCAUAAUAUAUGCAUUGUUUAAUAAUACAUAUCUCUCCGCUGAGCAACA